AUAAUGAAUAUCCCUUCGUCUCUCUUCAAAACCCGACCCGACCCGAUUUCAUCAUUUCUCUCUCUCUCUAUCUCUCCCUCCGAACCGCCAUUUCUGUACCUUCAUUGAUUCUUCUCUUUAUUCUAAGAUUGUCUUCCAAUUCUCUCUUUUUGUUUGUUCUGAGAUCUCAAUUGCUUGUGCAUGGCAGUAAGUUUGUUGUCACACGACAUAUCUGAUCUAUGCCUUGGAAAACCUGCGAUUCGAUCGAUUUCAAUCUCCGCUACCGUCGCCGACGCGUUAUCGGUAUUGACAAGGAUUGACGAAGGUUGCAUCAGCGUCUGGAGCUGUGGUGAUCAUUCUUCUGAGGCUGAAUCGGAUUUGCAUUGUCGUUGCGUUGGUAAAGUAUGCAUGGUGGAUAUAAUCUGUUUUCUUUGCAGACAAGAGAAUUUGUUGCAACCGGCCAUUGCGCUUCGAUCUCCGAUCUCUGUUUUGAUUCCUGAGGGACUUGAACUCGUUAGACAUUUGGAGCCUCAUGCCAGUUUAAUGGAGGCGAUCGAUCUUAUACGCGAUGGAGUACAUAACCUUGUUAUUCCAAUCAAUAUGAGCGCAAGCAAGAGGAGGAACUUCCUUGAGACAGCAACUUCCAAGUCCAUCUCCUCUCUCCAUAACGAUCGACAAUAUUGCUGGUUGGCUCCGGAGGACAUAAUUCGUUAUCUCCUCAAUUCCAUCGGACUUUUCAGCCCUACCGCCGCGAGUCCUAUUAACUCCGUCAAUAUAAUUGAAACAAACAACAUUCUCACCGUCCACUACGACGAUUCUGCGUUGUCUAUUCUGCCCCUAAUUUCGCAAGCGCUGAUUCACCAAUCCUCUGUUGCCAUUGUUGACUUGGACGAUAAAUUAGUCGGCGAAAUUUCGCCCUUCACUCUCAACUUCUGCGACGAAACGUUGGUGGCGGCAAUAGCAACGCUCACAGCAGGCGAGCUUAUGGCGUACAUAGACUGUGGCGGCCCUCCGGAUGAUUUAGUACAACUAGUGAAGGAAAGAUUGGAAGAGAAAAACUUAGAAGCGGUUCUGGAGUUUGUCGAGGAAGAAUCAUCACCAAUCUCAUCAUCGUCUUCGAUUUGCUCUUUAUCAGAUGAUGAAUUUGGUUGUGGUUCAGGGAGAAGUUGGAAGAUUGGUGGAUAUUCAGCGAGAGUAUUGAGGAGAUCAGAGGCGAUUGUUUGCCAUCCAUGGAACUCUUUGGUUGCAGUAAUGAUUCAAGCUUUAGCUCACCGAGUUAGCUACGUUUGGGUCAUUCAAGAAGACGGAACUCUCGCCGGAACUGUUACCUUCGGUUCUAUGCUGGCCGUUUUCCGGGAUGGAUUGAAAUCUGUCGGAUAACAUCCACAACUCAUCAAAGCAAAGCAUAUGGAGUUUCUAGAUCUUGAACGAAAACCAUUAAACCAAAUUCCAAAUUAAAUGAAUGGAAAAUCUGAAACUCAUGGAAAUAUUUUUGGCCAAAACUCAACCGGAAAUAAUUGAAUUCAUUCACGGGUUGUUCUUUGGAGAGAAUUUACGUGGCUUUUUUGGGUGAUUUUCAAAACGCAAUAAAUUUAAGAGUAUUUUCUAUAA